AUGCUUGUUACACGGCAAUGUGAUACAGGAAGGAAUACUUGGUCUUCUAGCAAGCUCGAGGCGAUAUAUCGAAACGCAGCGUCUCCACGCAUGUCGAACUUUGAGCCACUGACGACGCAGCCGGACUGGCGAGAACAGUACUCAGCGUUUCCCCUUCCAGGACAGAAUGGCCUCCUCCAGCCAUCGUUUGAUCACACAGCAAACCCAAAUGGUUCUGAAAACAACCAGGCGCAACAGCAGAGUGGCUCGAGACCUACACUCGAGCACCGGCAUAGCCUGGGACCCCUUCGCCAAGAGGCUCCGCCAGCGUCUGUCAUAGAGCGGCCAGAAUCCGCACCGGGCGAUAGCGACCAUCCAGCCAAUCCUGCGCGUAACGACUCUUUAGUUUCUACAGAGUCGACAGAAAUUUCACUUGGCUCACUUGGUUCAAAUCCACUAAGCUCUGCAUCAAGCGCCCCAACUCAGCAGCCAACACUGGCGAAUAAUGACGGAGGAGAUGUGCCAGAAGAAAUCAAGGACGAAGAGGAGGAGGAGGACGACGAUGAGAUGAUUGAUGUGGAGGAAGGGGCACCACCACAGACUGCUGCCGAAAGACGAGCUGAGCGAAGAAAGAUGAAGCGAUUUCGUCUCACCCACCAACAAACACGCUUCUUAAUGAGCGAGUUUGCUAAACAGGCGCAUCCUGAUGCGGCUCACCGUGAGCGCCUUUCAAGGGAAAUACCAGGGCUUAGUCCUCGACAAGUCCAAGUGUGGUUCCAAAAUAGACGAGCGAAGAUAAAGCGGUUGACAGCUGAUGACCGAGAGCGCAUGAUGAAGAUGAGAGCCGUACCAGACGACUUCGAUAAUGUGCAGGCCUUGCACUCUCCGUAUGGGGCAGUUCAUGGCAUCGGCACUCCCAUGCAAUCGCCAGUCGAUUAUGUCCCAGGCUAUGCUGACCAUAUGAUGCGGCCCUUGAUGGUUGACACCAUGAGAAGACACGAUCAUCAUGAUGAGCAUAUCUCUCCCAGCGGCCUCAGUCCAGCUUUUGGUCAUGUAGCCUUUGGUGCUAGCGGGUCGAUGAGUACGUCUGAUGCUCUCUCGCCGUUGUCCUUGAAUUCCAGCGACCGGUUUUACCCUGGAAGUCACCUCACCAGUCCAAUGAGCACAGGUCCACGGAGUUCGAAUCCUUUCGACCGGCAGAAUAGCUAUCAAAACAUGUCCCACUCGAGACAGCCGGUUCGACCGUUGCAGCCUCUGCAGCUUCGAGAGACUAUGUCCAGAUCACGAUCCGAAUCGAUCCAGUCUCCUUUAAGAACGAGCAUGUCGUGGAAGGGAGAAACGCUUGACUACACCAACUACCAAUCGGGGCAGCCGAGUCCACAAUUGAGCGGUCGGCAGCAGUCUGUGUAUCAGCCUGAUCAAAUUGGUAACAAUAAUGUCAAUUCGCAUCAGUAUGAUGGCACAGGAUUCUCAAGCGCAAAUAUCCAAAGCUCACCUCCCCACAUGGCAUUUUCGCCGUCGCAUGGCCCCUCGAAUUCAUUAAGUUCCUUACAGCAAUCGAUACCGGCCUCAAUAUCUCGACUGCGAACGUCUUCAGCAGCGUUCCCGCCAGGUCUAGACCUUCGAAACCAGUAUCGGGCGCUUCCACCUCAGCUUAACUCUCCGCAUGGCCCCACAACGACACGAAGUAACUCCUUCAGUGCCUUCACAGGAGGAUACGCAAGCGCGCCGUUGGCAGCACCCGUUGACUUUGCGCUGCCACGGACACCUGCUGAUGGAGGGUCAGGAAGCAGGGAUUUCAAUAUUCCACAGCUAAGCGCGCCGAUGGCGCCACCGCCAGAUUUCUCAGCUGCCUAUAAUUCGAGUCUUAGUCCUGUCAGGCCGCAACAUGGGGAUAGGGAUUUUGGACAUCAGAGUCAGAAUAAUGGGGAUCAUGCUGUCCACACAACGCAAGGGACACAGGGCCAGGGAUCAGGGCAGCCCGGGGGAGAGCCACAACAGCAGCAGCAGCAACAACAGCAACAGCAAGCUAGAAAUAAUGAGGAGGCAUCCUACCUCAGGCCUAUGCAGUACGAGACGGGUCAAAAGCGGAAAAGGAGUUUUACGAUGCCUGGAAGUUUUGAGAGCGCGUAG